AUCAAAAAAAUUCCAUUUCCAAUAGAGAGUCUCAGACUCGUAGAGAGCGGGGAGGAGGAGGAAAGGGAAAAUUUCCUAGGGUUUCGAUUUUUAUUUAAAAUUUUUUUUUGCGAACCCUCCUCCCUCCCUCUCCCGCUUUAUCUAUACAAAUCCAAACCCUAGGCGUUUCGAUCUGAGAAAGAAAGGCUUGGGCAUCGUCUCGCUGGCAAUUUUCUCCCUUCUCCUCCCGUUCGUUCUCCUCUUCCUCCCCCUCCUCUCUUCUUCCUCCCCCCAACUCCCCACUACAACGGGGGAGGAGGAGAUAGAGGAGGAGGAAGAAGAAGCGGUAGCGCCAGCUGUUACGGCGGCAGAGGCAGAGGCGGAGAGGGGGGGAGGCGUGGUUGAAUCCGAGAAGAAGGGGAGGAGAACCGAUGCUGGCGGGGGGGAAUCCAUGGAUUCCGAGGAAACCUCGCCGGCGGUGGCCCGGCCGCCACCGUGCGACUGCUCUUGCCUCUGUUGUGGCCCCAACUCCGCCCCCUCCGCCGCCUGGCGCCGCUCCCUGAAGCGCAAGCUCGACCAGAUGGAGGCCGAGGUGGCCGCGGCCACCAUGAACGCCCGCCGCGACCGUCCCAUCGCUGGGGAGGGAGAAGGAGACGAGGAGGUGGCCCGGGUGGAGAUUGAGAACGAGGCGGUGGCGCUUCGGGAGGCGCUGGGGAGCCACCAGCAGUCGAUCCAGGAGCUGUACACGGAGCUGGAGGAGGAGCGGAACGCGUCGGCGACGGCGGCGAGCGAGGCGAUGUCGAUGAUCCUCCGGCUCCAGCGGGAGAAGGCGGAGGCCCAGAUGGAGUCUCGCCAGUUCAAGCGCUACGCCGAGGAGAAGAUGGCUCACGACCAGCAGGAGAUCACCGCCCUCGAAGACCUCCUCUUCAAGCGCGACCAGGUCGUCCAAUCCCUUUCGUGCGAGGUCCAGGCCUACAAGCACCGCCUCCUCAGCUACGGCAUCACCCCCUCCUCUGCCGCCCCCACCCCCACGGAGCCCCUCACACCUGACACCGCCACCGCCACCGCCAUCGUCUCUGCCAAUGCCUUCAAUUCCCAAUUCGACCUCCCUCCACCACCUUCGCCGCUGUCAUCCUCAUACGACUACCCUCCCCUCCGCUGCACCAUGCCCGCCGAGGCUGACAACGAUGAUGCUGCCACCGAUCUCGAGAAGUACCCCUUUGGCGAGACCCCUCGCGAGCACCUCCAGAAGCUCGAGCAGCGCAUCUGCCAAUUGGAGAGAAUGCCGAGCAGCAGCCAUUUUGUCAUGGACAAGGGGGUCAUUGGCCAGUCCCCGAGAGGACGAGGAGGAUACCGCCCAAAGUAUCUCAGAAAGUUCUCCUUCGACAGCUUUGGUCCUGGGUCGCCCACAUUCAACAGAGGAGAAGAAUUUCCUGUCGUGGUGGACCGUGCAUGGGAUUGCGUUGGGAGGGAUGAUAUGAGCGACAGGGUGUACACGGUUGAUGCGGUGCAUGGGGUGACGGUUGGGGCAUGCGAGUCAUAUAUGAGCACACCGAGAGAGUUUCAGAGCCAGCGGGAUCCAAGCGGUGUUGAAGAAGGGGAGAUACGGAAGCUGUACAUGAGGCUCCAGGCUCUCGAGGCUGACAGGGAAUCGAUGAGGCAGGCCAUUAUAUCGAUGGGUACAGAUAAGGCGCAGAUGGUGCUGCUGAAGGAGAUAGCUCAGCAGCUAUGUAAGGAUGCAAUGCCGGAGAGGAGGAUCGUAAAGAAGCAAUCUUUUCUCAAGAGAUUUUCAAUCAUGUCCACUUUUAAGCGGAUUGUGUCAUUUCUUUUCUGGAGAAAGAAAUCUUUCCGGAUCAAGUACACGUUUGGGAUAUCGAGCAACAACGCUGGCUUAUUGCUGCUUUUAGACAAGAAUUCCCGUGUGAGGCAUAGGAGAUUUCUUACAAGAACACAGGGGUUAUGAGGAUCGAAUUUGACUCUCCUACAUGCUACAUGAGCAGUUCCUCUAAAACAUAAGUGCAUUGGUAUAAAACUAAAUGGGAUAUUGGUCAUGUUGUUCCAUUUGGAAAUCAAUUCUUUUGUGGAUUUCAUCAGAUUGUAGAUGAAAGUCUCUUUCUUGCAGUUCUUUCUUUCUUUUUGUUUUUUGCAUCCAUCACUGUGGCUUGAAGCUUUUACAUGUUCCAUGAGAAAGCAGGGAGCGCGUAUAUAGGAAGCAUGCUCCACAAUCUGUUGAGCUACAGCUUAUGCUGGGCAUCCUUGAUAUCCUAUAUGUAUAUUGAGGUCUUCGUAUAGCCAUGGCAUCAGCAUGUGA